AGUUCAGACUGAAAAUAAGAAUAAAUAAAAUGGCAAAUCAGAUAUAAAAUAUAACUGUAAAAAUGACAAAGCUACGUAAUAGUGCUGCUCGUUGGGACAAACUUAAAAGCUGGCAUUCCCUGACAGAAGAAGUCCAUAAACGGCUAGAAAAUUCAGAAAAAUCAGAUGAAGGGUUAACCCUGGAUGUUGGGCCUCAGUUGCUGCACACCCUCAGACACCCCAGCGAACUGCGAAGCAUGGUGCAUACAGGCACUAAAUUGUGUAACAUCUUCACAGCCCAAUAUAACAAGGGAGCUGUCCAAGGGGUACGAGCUUGGAUUCUGGAAACCAACGAUAUGGGAGUCUGCAAGUAUCUUGGGUUUGAGACAGAGUGUGAGAUCACUGCAAUCACUUACGUGUUAAAGCAUCGCGCGUACCUUACGUUUUCCUCCGACCUCGUUCUGCGAGUGUUUACAGACUUCAACCGCAACUUUGUGGAGGUGGACAGCAUUCCAAGUCUUCAGACAACACUUUGUCUGGUGUACAACAAAGAAGAAGACGAGGUGUACGCUGGCGGCAUUGGAUUUGUGGAGGAAUGGAAAAUACACGGGGCAGAGCAUGCAGCAAAGAUUGUGCCGGGAAGAAAGUUUUAUGCGGAGCUGACAAGAAAUGAUUGGAUCCGCGACAUACAGCUGGUCCGAGAAAACAACCAAAUUGUUCUGCAGCAUGGCAAUGGACUCUCUGUGCUACAACUAAAGACAAGGAAAGCUUUACACAGGUUACCAAACAGACAUGGCGGUCCCUUGAAAUGUUUCUGCUACUAUCCACAAAAUGAUUUCCUGAUAACAGGAGGAGCUGAUGGAAAAAUUAAGGUGUUCAACGGGUCAGUGUUCAAUCUGAUGAACUCCUUCAUCGCCCACUAUGGACCCGUCACAGGUUUGGAGUGCCAUAAGCAAGAUACCCUCUUGUUUUCCUGCUCACAUGAUGGCACACUUCGCAUCUGGCGUAUGGACUCAUUUCAGCUUUUCAUGCGGUUGGAUAUUGGAGAGCGGAUCCAGCAAAUGUCACUGAUGGGGGACUCUCAGUUCUUCUUCUUACAGACAGACAAGGACAUUCUUGUCUACACUCUCAACCAGUUUUACAAUUUCUUUGCGGCAGUGGAGUCGGAAACCAAGAGACUGAUGUGUUGUCGGGGUAAAGGCAACAAAACUAGAAUACUGGGUUCGACUGAGGAUGGCAGCGUCCGACUGUUCUCCCCUGUGACAGGUCUAACCCUGACCAUCAUCUACCCUAUGCCAUUUUUCCAGGUAUUGAUGUCCUUUGCCUACGACUUGUACCAGGACAAACUGCACACAGUCCUAACAGGAGGGAAAGUCCUGACAUUCAACACCGGUACAAAUCCAUGUAAGGCAGAGGAAAUCCUGUUGCCAAGCAGUGAAGAUGAACACGUCAAUGUUCUUCUGCUUGUCACAGUUGAGUUUCCAUGUGAGGAUGGAACAGACAUCGACAACCUUGUGUUCGCAGGGCUUACCAAUGGCCAGAUCGUUUUAAUUGAAGCCCUCGUCUGCUCUCUACCGGAGCCUCUUCAGGCCCAUGAGGGAUCGGUGACGUGUAUGGAGGCAUGUCUUCGCCUUAACGAGGCUGGAACGGGCAUCGCCGAAACAACGAGGAUGAUCAUUUCUGGAGGGACAGACAUGUUUGUGAAGAUCUGGUCUGUCGACGUGGAGAUGGAAGAAAAGCGUCCAGUCCUGUAUUUUUUUCCAGUGAUCAAGAUUUACCUGACCUCCUGUCCACUUCUUAUCUGCAUGUACUCCAAUCUCAUCAGCGUGGCUUUGUGUGAUAAAACGUCGCUAGGGCUUAGAUGGUGUCUGUUGAUGUACAAACUUGUUCCAAUCAAGGAGACUCUUAAGCAUUUUCUGAAGAAUGUGUGUGCCAAAGGUAUCAAUGCCAAGAUAGACCCUGUGAUGCCACUUCAAAUCUCCCACCCUCCGGAUGAAGACCAUACCCAGGAGCUGCUUUCUCUAGAUAUGUGUCCCAUGUUGAACCUCAUCCUCACUUCCGGGCUGGAUGGAUAUGUCAAGGUUUGGAACCAUCAUAAUGAGCUACUGCGUGAGAUGAACUUUGCCACGCCAAUAUACGCGGCUUGCUUUGCGAAUAACAAAGGGGACAUUCUGGUCGGAUAUGGAACAAACGUCUGUUCAGUUGCAGCCACCACUUACCUGCCCUUGAAAGAGCUGCAGACACUGCUCGGUCUUAAUGCGCAUACUUUAUAUAGUAAAAACAUCAGAGAGGUCCCUGUGAGAUUUGAUCAUAAAAGUGAACCUUGGCUCGAUUUGGACAAGAUAAAGAAGUUCCCUAUUGACAUUGUCGCUCGCCAACAACAGAGACUCACAGAAGACAUCAUCAAUCGAUUGAAAAAGGGGAUCAAGCAUGACAGGGCUCCGGCAAAAUUUGUGAUUUUUGUUGACGCAGGAGUCACAAAAGUAAUACGGAAAGAUUUCGCUGAUCGUCUUCUCAACUGGGCAAAGGGAAAGUCAAAACUACGCGCACGAGAAAAACGGCACAGAUCGUGGGAUAUCAAUGCACUGACAGAGGGUUCUUCAGAUGAUGAAGAUACUCCACCACUUUGGACACCAGCAAAAAGAAAUGAGCUCUCAUCAGAGGACAAAAUUACAGCAGUAACAAAAUCAGAGGAAGAAUCUCGCCGAGGGAGUCUGGAGCCCCAGUUCCUGGACUCUGAGAACCUCCUACAGAUCUACCCCUCCAGUGUAGGGGCGGCUUUAAGGGCCCUGGAAUCAAGAGGCCAAAAGGGGCCAGUCGAGAUGAAGCUGUUGAAUGAGAAAGAACUCCUUAAAAGGGAUCCCAUCAUUGCCCCAGAUGGGUACAUCCCAAAUUCAGUGAUACGCUCCAGAUUGAAGCCGACAAAGGUUGAUACUUCAAUCCUGCGAAGACUGAGUGAUAAACCCUUCCAGCUCAAGCCUGUCCCGAAAGCAAAUCCUCACCAUCUACCUUCCUGGUGGGGACUACUUGAGGACAAGGAUGAAGGUUCAGCUGUGAGAUACCGGGUGAUGAAAUGGGAUGACUCUCCCUCCCCAACACCUCGAUCACUUGGACCGUCACGAGGUUCACCUGUAUCCCCCGCACAGAAAAGUGGAAUCUCCCCAUUUUCACCUCCAAUAGUAGAAGUGGAAUCACCCGUUAAAAAGUACAUUAUAGCUAAGAGCAAGAGCACAAACUCUUUACUGAAAGGAAAAGCAAACCAGUCUAUGGCUAAAAAUAGAAGUGAUGUAAUGGCUAAAAAUAAAAGUGAUGUAAGUGCAGAAGACAAUGUGCCAAAAAUGGUGAAAGCAAAUAAAAUGGGGAAGAAUAUGAAGUCUGGUUGGGAGGACAGCACGGUUUCUGGGACUCGCCGCACUCCAGGGCUAUCAGCUCGAUCACAGAGACAUUCAUCCGCUGAAUCCGAAGCAAAAACUACGCAAGAGAAUAGGCUCAAACCCACCACAUCAACGUCAGGUUACAAAUCAAAAGUGAUAUCACCAUCUGCCCUAAUUUUGACUCCAAAUAUUCAAAAAUUCAAGGAAGUAAAGAGCAAGCGUUAUGAGUUUAAUCGUUAUGACCUGGAGAUGAACACACCAGGCGGGAGGAAGUCCCGUGUACGCAGGGGUGAAAAACUGACGAGUUUCGUGGUGGAUGAGGAUACCAUACUAAGGACGCCAAUAUCAGAGAGUUACAUGAACAAUGACAUCAUCAAAUUAUUGAUGUCUGAGAGCUGGAUGCCUGAAAUGGACCCCAAUUGUGACUACAAUGAUUUUAUGGGAAAACUUAUCUCCGGUCUUGACAAUGAUAAUCCGAUCGUGUAUGAUCGUGUGUGUAACUACAUCACUAACAUCUUUGAUUCCCUUGGUCUACCAGAAGAAAUAUUGGACAUGACACAUGGGAAACUGGGUAGAAACAUGAACCACAUAAACUCAUCCAUCAAGCAAACAUCCAUCAAAACAGCGCAGAUGUUGGGACAGGGACGAAAUGAUGUAAUAAUCUACAUCUUGCCCAAACUGACUGACCCUGAGGACCCAAUCAGAAAAGCAGCAGCAGAUGCCAUCACAUUGCUGACAGGGGCACAAGACAAGGAUCAGCUUCUGAACAUUUUAGAGCAGAUGGGGAUUACUAGUGGCGUGUACAACAGUAAAGAAGAUGAGGAGUAUGCCCUGUCCGUGCUGGCUGAGAGGUUUGGGGACCAGGGAGAAGACCCACAGUACUUUGACCGUAUCCAGGACUGGGUGAAGGGUACCACCCCUGGCAUAUUUGAAGAUGAGCAGGGGGAGGACGGCAUAUGGCAGGAUGGAUCAAAGUUGUCACUGCAGUCCAAGGAGAAGUCUUUCCUUUCAGAAGGCGGCAAGUCAGUGAUUGACCGGUAUGACACCAGUGGUCAGAACACAAUGUACGCUGAAAUGCCUGCAACCCCUGGAUACUCGUCAGAAAACAGCGAACUGGGCUUCUCUAGGGGUGUUAGUAUGAUAACGAUCAAAAGCGCUGGUCAGAAAUCGAACAACAGCCGUUACAAUGCUAGAAUGGAGUUGUUAGACAGAGGUGGUGCGUCAGUUAUGCCGACUGACCGAUAUGAAAUGCCGACUCCCUUGUCGGACAUAGAUAAUGAUGCUUUUAUGUUGGACGGAUAUACUCUUAAGGAAGUUGAUGAGGACAACGAAGAUGGAAGUCCUUUUAUGAAAGAUCCGCUUGCAUUAUUUGAUGAUGAUGAUUAUGAUGAUGAUGAGGAUGUUGGAGGAUUAGAAAGAGGCUUGAGUAAUCUUAGUGGUAGAGAUGUUUUAAAGUCGAGAGAAAACUUGAUAUCUCGUGACACAGCAAGAACUAGGGAUUCUUUUGAAGGGAUGCGGCUCAAGGAAAGGACCGCAACAGAAUUAUCUCAGGUGGGUCCUCUGCCAAAGUUUUUGGCUAGGGACAAUACUGCACGUAACUUUGAUGAUGUUUCCACAGACAGUGCUAUAGAAAGCGCUAUUUCGAUUAGUGAGUAUGCCACUUCGCAUUUUUCUGAGAAGAUGACACUUUCCCAUCUUGAGCAACAGAGCUCUCAACAGAGUCAGGUUUCAGAAGAAAACAACAUGUUUGAUGUAGACCAAGUGUCCAACUUGGAAUACGAAGGUGACUUUUACGAUACUGACACUAACAAAAACUUUGAAGAAAUUUACCGCAUGAAGCAUGAAUUAGAUAUAGCUCAUUUACAUAUGCAUGGACUUGAUUAUCAGGCUAACCAAAAUAACCUCAACAACUCAGGAAUACUUAAUAGCGUGAGACCCACGGUUUUAGAAAAUAACUAUGUAUUAGGUCUUGACACUAUUACAAGCAUGGCAGAGGAGAGAAGUGAAUCAACUGAUGAUGACGAAGAAGUAGAACCAGAAAGUGGAAAGAUAUCAGUAAUUGUUACCCCAAGGGGAGGAUUGUCUUUCGCUACACCCAGGGACUCUAAUUUGGCUACACCCAGGGGGUCUAAUUUGGCUACACCAAGCGGCUCCAACUUGGCUACACCUAGGGGAUCCAAUAUGGCACCAUCGAGGGGAUCAAAUUUAGCCACUCCUGUUGCAGCUUUCCUUGGAACACCAAGGGCACUGCCAGGGAUUUCAGAAUUUACGGGUAAAAAGGAUGCAAAAACUCCGAGAUCAAAAAGAGGAGACACAGGGUCGACACUUCGCAAGCGUCUACAGGAUAUGGAUGGAUUCUCCACCAUUUCCGACAGAUCUUCAUCAAGUAGACGCAGUGGAAGGUUCACCCCAAAAGACCCAUUGAUGUACCAUUACUAUGACAACAGACAGGCUGCUCAAGGGGCGCAAUACAGUAAACCACGUCAAGGCUACACAUUUGCAAUUUGCAAAAAGACCCCAAUUUCCCUGAUGUUUAUCCCGUUGUUUGUAAUUAUAGAAGAAGAGGAGAUUGAACAGAGAGACUCAGAUUUCCACACGUUGUCCAACGUCACCAGCAGUCGGAUCACAGACCGAUUGAGUGGAUACGAUUCUGGGAUUUCGAAGGACAUGUCAGAAUUCAGUCAAGGUCGUGCCGUAAGACAAGGUAUGAUAGCACCUCUCUCUCCUGUGAAAUCUGAGUCUGGCAGUCCUAGACCCAUGUCGCGGCCUCGUACACCACAAGACUGGCGAAAGUUCUUUGAGAUGGUCCCUUAUGCAGCUGAGCGACGUCAGAUGGAGCAAAUCCGACGAGAAAUGAUACAAGGAAAGCUGAAACCAUCGACGCUGCCCCCCAUUUCAUACUUUGCAGAGAACUUGCCAAUGUUGCCAGGUGAAGCAGGAACGCGCCUUCUGCAGACAGUCAGGGUCGGAGAGAAGGUUGCGGCCCCAGGCGAUGGAAGACACAGGAUUGAGUCAGUUCCUGGAAAACUGGCUGUACAUACGCAGAAUGAGGAUGCAGGCCUGUCUAACUAUGGCAUUCUUCAGAUGCAGUGGACAACGGGUGUGCCGACACUAAAAGACCACACCCAACCUCCGCAGAGGAUACCUAAACACCGUAACCAGGGCAUGAUACAUGCCUUACAUGAACAGACUCGAGCUGACAGGCCAAGUUCGAAUCGGGGUCAUGUGCAACCUGACAGUGAGCAGGAACUCCAUUUUCCACAUUUAAAAGGAGCCUCACCUUCAUUGACCAAUCAGAUUGCAGGAAACCAGUAUGAGUGGGAAUUCCCCCUCCCACCACCUCCUGCCAAGGAUUCCCGCACAAAUAACCCAUCAGUAAAGAAAGACCAUGAGAGCUAUUGUAAAUACUACCAUUUAGUGAAGAAAAAGAUGCAUUUGUACACAUCAAAACUAGGGUUUAUUCCUGCUUUAAUAUCUGCUGAAAAAGCGAGACCUGGUUCCAAGCAAGGAAAGGAAAAAACCAAACACCUCCCAGAAGUGUUUGUCAAGCGUCUUCGUGAAGGAGAUCAGGGUCAACAGGGGUCAAGGACACGGUCGCCAGGGAAACAGAAGUCCCUCACAAAAACUGACCUUGGUUCAACACUCUUUCCUCCCAUCAAACUUGGUCAAAUAGUGAACAUUUACUGAUGUUUUAAAUUAAGAAAGAAUUUCUCUUAAUUUUAUUAUAUAACUAUUUUUCUUCUGAUUUCUGUUAUUUCAAUAAAAUUUGGUGCCUAAGUUGCUACUUUCUUUAGAUAUGUGUCCUUACAAAAUUUGUGGAUUUUUUUUACCUGUGAAAUUUAUUGACCAUUUAUGACAAAAUAGGUCUAUCAGUAAACACUUGCUGAUUUUUACCUCUGAAAUGUACUGAUUUCUUCGGUGUCGAACUUGAUAAAUUGGUCACCAUUUACCACUGUUUGAUAUUUCAUGUUUACUCUUUAUAUCAGACUUGGUCAUGAAGGGAUUAUUUCCUGUUGUGAAUUAAUAAUUAGGGAUUGGAUGUUAAAAUAAUUUUAGCUAUCCUUAAAUAUAGUUUCUUGGUUUAUUUCUGUAAAAUUUUGCAUUUUUAAGCAAAUGAACAUAAAAACACAAGGCAACAAAACUGGAGUAAAGACGAAAAAUGUUAUUUGAUAUAGUUCCAAAAUCAUCCUUUUAUGUAUAGUAACCUUGUGUAGUUUGCAAAAAAAGAACAAUAUUAUUAACUAUAAAUAUAAUCAAUUAUAAAAUGUAAGUGAUCAAUUGUGGUAUGAACAAAAUUAUCUGUUUAGUUUUUCCCAAUGAGAUAUAUAUAAAAGCGUAGCAAUAUUGAUAUGUAUAUAAAAAUAUAUAUAUAUAUAGUUAACUAUUUACCUUAUGAGGCCAGUGAUAAAAUUAUGCUUUAAAGGUGUUAUUUAUACAUAUAUUAUAUAUAUUACAGAAUUGUCUCCCUUGCUCACCAAUUUGAUAGAAUAAGUUGUUAAGAUAUAAAUUUCUCAACAGAUCAUGGCGUAAAUUAUCACUAAAUAGGAUGAUAGUCUAAGUCAAGGAUCCGAGCCCCCUUUGUAAUUAAGGGAUGAUUUGUUGUAAACAAAUGUAGCUGACACGCUCAUAACCUGGUCAGCCUCCAUUUAACUGCGGCUGACCAUCUUCUUUUGAAUGUGUAAUGCUUUAGAUAUCAUUUAUUGUUGUUACACACCAACUUCGUUGGUACUAUAUUAUUCACAUUUGGGUAUACCUAAUUCAAGGAUGAGGGUAAAUUUCCCCUUUAGGUUUCUAAAUUCCUCUUUAAACUGCAUUGGGAUACUGUGAGGUCAAGUUAUAAUGUAGCCAAUAGGCAUGUGUAGACCUUAUAAACUCUUCCUGCAUUUCUCAUUUCAUUUAUUGAUAAACAAUUUAACUGGGUAUGUACAAAAAUUCAGUCGAGCCCUGUUUGCUCGAAUCAGCUUGGCUAGUACUGGAUGUAAAGUACCGAUAUCUUUAUACUAUAUGUAAGCAUUCCAGGUUGGCUCGAAUUUUUCAAAGCUCAAAGUAUUUUGGCCGGUCCCUAGGAUAUCGAGCUAUUGAGGUUCGACUGUAUGUACAUUUAGAAAUCUCAUUUUGAAUGCAACUUCUGACUGCCUUAUAUGGAUAUAAGAUGAUACAAACUGAGUUUUUUUUAUAAAAAUGAAAAUUGUAUAUUCCAUUAUGGCAUAUAGCUAUAAAUAUCUGUGUCUCUUGUUCGGUGCCUAUUAGGCCUACGUCAUUUGUCUCUAAACAGGGUCUUUGUUAAAUGUUUGACUUCUGGGUUUGUCCCUGUAGUUUUUGUUAUAAUAUUAAAUAAAAUAAAAUGGACACCAAUAAGUAAGUUAAGUUACACAUAAACAUUUUACUUUAUAUAAAAAAGUAAUUAUAUGUUCUGAUAUUUAAUUAUGAUAAAAAUAUCCUAUGUAUUUUUGGUUAUUGUGAUACCAUUUUACAUUUUAGUUGUCUGUUGAAAAUAAACCCUUGAUCAAGGUGUAUUUUUGGAAGUAUUGUGAUAUAUUUUAUUUUUCAUUAAUUUAUA